UUUCAACACCCGCUUUUGCCUCGGAGCGAGCCCUAGGGGUUUCAGACAGGUGUGAUGGACGUUAUAACGUUGGUACUGUUUCUGGUUGUCUUGGCUAUUUCUGCGCAUCUUUUAUUUGCGGGAAAUGAUCCAAAUGCUCCACCAUGCAUAAAAGGAUGGAUCCCCUGGUUUGGUGUGGCAUUCGAGUUUGGGAAAUCUCCGCUGACUUUCAUAGCUCAAGCCAGAGAUAAGUAUGGACCUGUCUUCACUGUUGUUGCGGCUGGCAAGCGAUUGACCUUUGUGACCCUUCAUGAAGACUUUCGCACAUUUUUCAUGUCCAAAGAUGUGGAUUUUGAGCAGGCAGUCCAAGAGCCUGUCCAUAACACAGCUUCCAUCAGCAAGGAGAGUUUCUAUAAGUUCCACCCAGCAUGCAACACUCUCAUCAAGAGCCGUCUGACCCCAGGCAAUGUGGCUCAUCUGACUGACCACUUGUGUGAAGAGUUCAACGACCACCUGGAGACGCUGGGGGACCAGGGCUCUGGAGGACUCAAUGAGUUGGUCAGGGCCGUAAUGUACCCUGCUGUGAUGAGUAACCUACUGGGGAAGUAUAACUCUCCAGGAAGUCCCUUUACCAUGGAGCAGUUCAAGGAGAAGUUUGCCAUCUACGACGAGGGCUUUGAGUAUGGCUCCCAGCUACCAGACAUGUUCCUCAGGGAAUGGGCCAGUUCCAAAUGCUGGCUUCUGUCUCUAUUGGGGAACAUGGUGGUCAAAGCAGAGGAUGAUGAGACAUCCAGUGAAUCAGGCAACAGGACGUUACUGCAACACCUUGUCACCUUAAUCACAGAUAAAUUCCUGCCCAACUAUGGAUUACUGAUGUUAUGGGCAUCGCUUGCCAAUGCAAUUCCAAUUACCUUCUGGGCUGUAGCCUUCAUCUUGUCCAAUCCCACAGUUUACCAGACAGCCAUGGAGCAGAUCAAUGCAGCACUCAAAGACCAAGACACCAGGAAGACCAAGGUGACCGCUGAAGAGCUGCAACAGAUGCCCUAUGUGAAGUGGUGCAUCCUGGAAGCCAUUCGGCUUCGGGCCCCUGGAGCCAUCACACGCAGGGUGGUCCGACCCCUCAUGAUACAGAACUACAUCAUUCCACCAGGGGACUUGUUAAUGGUGUCUCCUUACUGGGCCCAUCGGAACCCACAUUACUUCCCUGAACCAGAAGAGUUCAAACCGGAACGAUGGGAUAAGGCAGAUUUAGUAAAGAAUGUCUUCUUGGAAGGGUUUGUGGCAUUUGGAGGAGGCCGAAACCAGUGCCCAGGAAGGUGGUAUGCCCUAAUGGAACUCCACAUGUUUGCUGCCUUGAUUCUCUUCAAGUAUGAUGUCACUCUCAUGGACCCGUUGCCUAAACCUAGCAAUCUCCAUCUGGUAGGGACCCAGCAGCCUGAGACUCCCUGCGCAGUGCAGUACAGACACCGAUAGAGUUGACCUGCCCUGCCCAGCAAUGCCACACAAGGGCACUGUGCUCUACAAUCCUGCCCAAACACCUGCCAAAUAGUUUUCUUUAUCAAUGGAGCUAACUUAAAAGUUAUAUUUUAAAGAACUUAUCUAGAACGUAUAUAAUGAUACUACAUCUGAAAAUGCAGGAGAUGGUGGAACCGUCUUCAAAUGAUUUGGUCUUUCCCUUUUCUUAUUUUCACCCCACCAAGAGUGUUUCUAACCGUACGUUCCCUUCCUGCCCAGUCCAACACCUGAUUAUGAAUUUGUACAGACAUUGAUCAGUAUUUUGUGAUGUAAUAGAAUAUAAUCCGAUAGAUUCUGACCCAUACAGAAAAUAUUCACUGCACGUGGCAUCAGUAUGAGACCUGAAUUGUAUUUAUGAUCUGUAUUGUAUUUAUGCACUGUUAUUACCAUGUACUUAUAUACGGCAUCAUACCUCACUUCAUGAAUACAGUCUGAGGUUCCUUUGCUUCAAUAUAGGCCUACUAGAUCUGAGUUGUCUUAAUAAAGGGUUAAAUAAAAAUAAAGGCAGUGAUAUUUUUACACCAUA